AUGUCUGCCUUGAGGAUUCUUGUGCCCGUGAAGAGGGUAAUUGACUUUGCGGUCAAGCCGCGUGUCAACAAGACCCUUACUGGUGUCGAGACGGUCGGCGUCAAGCACUCGAUCAACCCCUUCGACGACAUCGCCGUGGAGGAAUCCGCGCAAGAGGUUCUCCGCACGGCGAUGGCUCUCGGCGCGGACCGAGCUAUCCACGUGGAGCUCAAGGAAGGCGAGGACCUGGAGCCCCUGGGCGUGGCCAAGGUGCUGCAAAAGGUGGUGGAGGAGCAAAAGAGCAACCUGGUGAUCCUGGGCAAGCAGAGCAUCGACGACGACGCGGGCCAGACGGGCCAGAUGCUGGCGGGUCUGCUGGGCUGGGGCCAGGCGACGCAGGCCAGCAAGGUGGAGUUCGUGUCGGGCGACGUGGUCAAGGUGACCAAGGAGGUGGACGGCGGCGUGGAGACGAUCCAGGCGAAGCUGCCCAUGAUCAUCACGACGGACCUGCGGCUGAACACGCCGAGGUUCGCCAAGUUGCCCAACAUUAUGAAGGCGAAGAAGAAGCCUUUGGAUAAGAAGAAGCCCGAGGACUUUGGAUUGGACCUCACGAAGAGGCUAAAGGUGCUCAAGGUUACUGAGCCACCCACUCGCCAGGGCGGUGGAAAGGUGGAGGACGUGGGUGGACUCGUUGCUAAGCUGAAGGAGCUUGGUGCUCUGUAA